AACUAGCAAUGGUUCGAAAUGUACUUGCACCCACAUCCGCGAUUGAAACUGUCCGGGGGAGUGUCACUGGCUAGAAGCACUUUCUUCCUGUUUCACUUCAACGAACUUGGGAGUUAUUCCUUGUAAUUGUGUGAAUGUCAGGUAACAUUAGCUCCACAAAAGUCAUCCAACCGCUAGCGAGCUACUUGCCAGCUGCUUCUAGCAGGCGCUUACGACCCCGGGCUACCUGAACCAGGUGUGGAGCAUGUGGGCGUCCUGCUGUAACUGGUUAUGUUUGGACACUGCCACGGUGGAGGAGAGCAACAGCCGCACACAUCACCAGGCCUAUACUAACUCAGGCUACAGCAACUACCCGUCGCCCCCACUCCCGGACCACACGUGCAAAGCCUGCGGAAGCCGCUUCGUCACCCUAGCCAGAAAGCAUGUCUGCAUGGACUGCAAGAAUAACUACUGCGGCAGGUGUUCGGCCCAGCUUGAGCCCCGUCCACGCCUUUGCCACACCUGCCAGCGGUUCCACGGCACACUUUUCAAUCGCACCGAGCUGAUGAAGGUCAAGGUGAAGGACCUGCGCGACUACCUCCACCUGCACAAGGUCUCAACGCAGAUGUGCCGUGAGAAAGAGGAACUGGUGGAGCUGGUCCUGGGACAGCAGACACAGUCACUCUCUGGCCCAAUCGUAAACCCUCUGACCCAAACCGCCACCCAGCAUGAGACCACUCCUCCUCCAGGACACCCCACCACCACCACACCCUCUACACACCCCGAAUCCACCUCCACAGACCAUGCCCCUUCACAGCCGCCACCCACUCAGGAGGACAGUCAGACCGUGUCUGUGUUGGUGUCCCCGGGUCUUGAGGAGCCACUGGACACUGAGGGAGAUACAGCGCUGCAGGGAGAGCAGGAGCUGCAGUCCUCAGACACAGAGGAGGUGCUGGUGCCAGGCCACAGGGCGUCGCUGUCUGACCUGGCCGUGGCAGAGGACAUCGAGGCCCUCAGCGUCCGGCAGCUCAAGGAGAUCCUGGCCCGUAAUUUCGUCAACUACAAGGGCUGCUGCGAAAAGUGGGAGCUAAUGGAGAGGGUCACCCGCCUCUACCACGACCAGAAGGACCUCCAGAAUCAUCUGGUUUCAAGUACAAACGACGGCACAGACCCCAGCGGUACCCCUGGCCAGGAGGAGAACCUGUGUAAGAUCUGCAUGGACUCUUCCAUUGACUGUGUCCUACUGGAGUGUGGCCACAUGGUCACCUGCACCAAGUGUGGCAAGCGGAUGAACGAGUGCCCCGUCUGCAGGCAGUAUGUGGUGCGGGCCGUUCAUGUCUUUAGAUCCUGAGACCCAAGCCUUGGGAACCCCACCCCCACCUCCCGUAAAUAAACAAGGGACAUCCUUCUUGUGGCCUUACCACCCAUAGACUAGACGAGGGGUAUUAAACUCUUACCCUAUGGGGUCCGGAGCCAGCUGGUUUUCUGUUCUACCUGAUACUUAAUUGCACCUACCUGGUGUCCAAGGUCUAAAUCAGUCUGAGAUUUAGAGGGGAACAAUUUAAAAAAGCAGUGGAACUGGCUUUGAGAUCCAGAGUUGAGUUUAAGGGGACUAGACUAACCACCUCUCCCUCCAGAUCUCCACUGCUCAGAUGGUCCUUGAGACCCUGAGUAGUGGUUCCUCCUGUUGGAGGGAUGAACAGAUGAGGUGAACCUCAUUAUCCCUUUGAUAAACCACACAAACCCAAUGACUGGACAUGGGCACUUCCUACUGUUAUUGACUGGACUUCUAUAGUUCAUAUCCCAAGCUGAUAAGGAUAUGUCUUAUUAUUAGAAUAAGAGAGUGCCUGUAUUAAACAGGCAAUACCAUAUUUAUUUAUUUUUCCUUUGGAGACCUGCAUAUAAACACAAACAUGUCAAAGAUUUUGCCGAGUUACAGUUCAUAUAAAGAAAUUGGUCUACUGAAAUAAAUAAAUUGGGCCCUAAACCAUAGAUUUCAAAUGACUGUAAAGGGGCGCCGCCAUGGGUUGGCAUAGGCCCACCCGAUGGAGAGCAAGGCCCAGCCAAUCAGAAUGAGUUUGUCCCCACAAAGGGCUUUAUUACAGACAGAAAUACUCCUCAAAUGUUAGUGGCCUUUUAUUGUCCCCAGCAGAAGGUGCGCCUGUGUAUUGAUCAUGCUGUAUAAUCAGCUUCUUGAUAUGCCACACCUGUCAGGUGGAUGGAUUAGCUUGAAAAAGGCAAAAAUGCUCACCCUCAGGAAUGUAAACAAUUUAUGCGCACAAUUUGAGAGAAGAUUUCUGGGAUCUUUUAAUCAGCUCAUGGAACAUGGGACAAACACGAAACAUGUUGCGCUUAUAUUUUUGUUCAGUGUAUAUAUAAGCACCAAGUGCUCUUAAUAAUGGAUUAGAUUGAUGUAACUGUUAAGAGUUGAACCCCAGUAAAAGGGAAAGCAUUUACAUUAGUGGUUGAGCUGAGAACACAUCCAUAGGAUUUCCCUAUGUGUCUUGUCGUUGCUCUGCGCUUAGCAAAGCAGGAACCCCCUGUGGUGGUAUAGUGUAAAAGCCAACCCAUAGACACUGCAUACAUUGUUUAUCAAUGAAGCAAAGCCUGCAGAUGUUCACUCAAUCCCUCUGCUGUAGAAUCAGGUGGACACGCAGUUUUAGUGCUUACGUUUUAGCCUGGUCUCAGAUCUGUUUGUGCUGUAUAGCCAACUCCUAUGGUUAUUGUCACGUCAAACCGAGAGUUCCCUGAAGGAGAGGCCCUUUUUCCACUGCAAAUGGCACUAUCUGGCUUACUUUGUAGAAAGACAAUACGGGGGCCGUACACCAACACACCACAAGGAGAUAUGACCGCGAAGGUGAAGAGGGACAGAUAGGUCCUGACCAGCGCAACAAACCACAAAGGCAGAACUACUACCAGAGGUUUCCGACCAAGGGUUUUGCAUGACAUCGACCAUAGGAUUUGGUUAUACAGCACAAACCGAUCUGGGGACCAGGCUACUUAUGCUGACAGUGGAAGAGAAUAUGUGGAUCAGUGGUCCUUCACUAUUCCAACUAUAUACAAGUGCUUUAUCCUUCCAAUACUCAACUGCUCAUUGUAUUUUUCAGCAUCAACAUUGACCGAAGGCCCUUACACUUGCUAUUGUAUUUUUUUUAAAUAAACCAAAAUAAACCAUGUCAGAAUAGCCUGGUGUAUAGCUAAAUCUAGUCGUGCAUAAGCAUAUAAUUCACUAGUUGUGCACUAUAUGCGUUGUCAUGACACACAUACAUAAAAUAUGAGUUGUCGAAAGCACAAGCAGAUCUUUGGCAUUGCCCAAGAUGAAAGUUAAAGCUCUUAAAGACAUCUCAUCCGUUUGGCUAGCCAAGUACCUUAACUCCACAAUGAGACUAUCGUUUUUUUUUUUACCUCCGACUCUUUCCAGUUGCUAUGAGGUCGAUAAUUUUUUUUAUCAUUAAACCCUUACCGUGUACCUAUGUUUGUCCUCUGUUGCAUGCCUUUCAUUGUUUGCUGAAUACUUUUUAAUAAAACCAAAUACAACAACUGACUGUUUCCUUUUUGAGAUUCAAUUUGCACAUGCGUCAUCGCUCUGAGUUGCCAUCUUAGAGCGACAGCAAUGUGGAAACAGUUGGUGGUUGUAUUUGAUUAACGUUUUAUAUAAAAAAUGUACACAAAGGGAUUUACACAAAGGCAUGUAACAACAGACAAACAUGUACAUGGUAAGAGGUUAAAUAAUAAUAAAAAAAAGUGAAGUAUCAACUGCAUAGUAGGAGGUUCAUUUAAACUAGUCUGCGCUCAACUGGAUGAAAUCAUUGUGGAGUUGAGGAACUUGGCAACCAUUUGGCAUGAGUCUAAAGGCUCAACAAUGGCGAAGGUAUCUUGAACAGUCCAUUGUCCAUUAUCAGCUAUAGGUAGUAUAACUCUCCGAUUAAUGACAGGUAGUUGAGUGUUUUUGCAUACUCCGGUGCUAAACCUCCAGUCCCUCCCAUCCCAGAUGAACAUAAUGAAAGAUUAUUUGACUCUUAAUAAGUGGCCUUCAAAAACCAGCACCUUUACUCAUGACAGUGAGCACACACUGUACUUUUGAAAAUAAUGCAGCUUUGUGAAAUCUUGUGCUUGCUCGGGUUAGAUGGAAAAUGUGUAUUGUCGAGAUGAUAGAGCUGUGUACAUUGCACUAAGCUACAUUUUUAAAAAUUUAGCUUUGUAUUUAAUAAGUAAGGAGUCUGGAAUUGAGAUGGUGCCCUUGUGUCCCAAAUUCAAUGCAGGUGCCAUUUGGGACACCUGCCUUGUAUGAUGAAAGGAAGUGUACUUGACCUAUUUUUCUUUUUGAUAAAUGAGGCGUUUUAAUAUAUAUUUACUUGACCAUUGUUAGAUUUUUAGGUUUCGAUUACAUAUCUAGCGACUGCGAAAUAAAGAAUUUAUAAAUACCAUUGAAAUUAUGGACCUUGAA